AUGAGUGCUGUUAGACAACCUCACAAUAUGGUUACUGCUGCACAAUUACAACCUCUUUGCUCAGUGAAUGUAAAGCUCCCAUCUCCUAACCAUAUGCGGCAUAUAUUACUUCUGAAGAUAGAUGGAUGUCCAACUAUUUACUUGGUUAAUGGUUAUUUAGUCGAGGUGAUUUGGAUAUUGAUGCAGUUCCAGGUUGGCGCUUCAUAUGAAUUUGCUGAGAAAAUCUAUGCUGUAAAAGCAGAUCAAAUUUUGAGGGAUUUCUGUUCCUCUACAUCUUCCUGGCCAUCAUUUUUCCUGAAUUCAGCUGCUAGAUCGGUUUGGGAUCUUGGUGGGCAAGAAAGACUUCGAACAUCAUGGGCAACAUACUAUCGUGGAACUCAUGCUGUCAUUGUAGUGAUAGACAGCACGGAUAGAGCCAGGAUCUCAAUUAUGAAGGACGAACUCUUUAGGCUGCUUCCUCAGGAGGAUCUUCAAAGCUCGGUUAUACUUGUAUUUGCAAACAAACAGGACCUCAAGGAUGCCAUGACUCCUGCGGAGAUUACUGAUGCACUUUCCCUUCACAGCAUUAAGAACCAUGAUUGGCAUAUCCAAGCCUGCUGUGCUCUUACUGGGGAAGGUUUGUACGAUGGUUUGGGGUGGAUUUCCCAGCGAGUUAUCGAGAAAGCAUCAAGCUAG